ACCGAAGUAUGAUGCAGUACUUUAAGAAAGAGAAUGCAAUCUUAUAACUCUUCAUGUACAUAUUUGAAGAAAAUCUAAGUACAGCUGAGGGCCAUUUUCUAAUUUCUCAAAAUAUCUUGUAAAUCUUAUAAUUUUGCUAAAAUAUUAAAUUUGAUCAUCCUCCUUAUCGAUACACCUAACUGUGUGUUAUAAUGUGGCUUAAGCCGCCCUCUUUGGUUCAAAACACCUUAUUGCUUCGAUAGCUCCACCCUUGAGUCUGUUUUACUUUGUUGUUCUACCCCUCUCUCCAAAUAGUUCUCUCGCCAUCUCUCGCAAGUAUCUUUGUGUCAUUAUUGGAGAUCGAGGCCAUUUCCGUCAGAAAGAGGCCGUUUAAUAAUAGUUUAAUAUUUCAAAAAGUUUUUUCCAACGGGAAGAGUUGAUUGCAAAUAUUUAUGUUAGGAAAGUAUUGUGUAAUUCUUCAGCAUGCGAUAAAGUGAAGAUAACAGAAAAGUUAAAAUGGGGCUGAUGUUUUCCAUAGUGUCCCGCUUUAGGAAGCGGGCCACAACAAGAGAAGUACUUGAUGGAAUUGAAGAGGAUGUCAAGAAACUGGAAUCAACAUUGCAAAGAAAUCAAAAGUUACAGAAGAAGAUUGUUCUGUCUUUGUUGACAAUCUCGAUCUGUUCAUACUUGGUUGCAAUGGCUGUAGUUUACUUUUUCCUGUUGCCAGAUAAUUGGUCAGACAGGGCCAUGUGGCUGCUUCCUUUUGCCUGUUUCCCUCUUUUAGUCUACCUUUUAAAGAAAUGUUUUCAUUUUUUCUUUGUGACAAGAAUAAAAAAGAUAAGAAAUACAAUAGACGAUCUAAAUGAGCGGAAAAAGGAAAUACUUGAAGACGUGAUGGAUAAUGAAACCUACAAAAUUGCCAAAGAACUGCUUGAAAAAUUUGAUCCUGAAGGGAAAAUUAUAAUGAGGGAUACUGCUAUUAAAUCGGUUCCAGCCACACCAAAAACACCAUCACAAGGUGAGCUGCGUCACCGAACAAACGGUGUUAAACCUGGGGAGAUAAACGGAGACCAAUUAUUCAAAAGCCCACAAAUGCAAGAUCUACGAGGCACUCCUAGGCCUGGCGGUCCUAAUUUCGCACCAAGAUUUGCCACUCCCAAUAUGAAUCAAAGAACUCCGUAUCCAGUUGGUAUUCAGCGAAAUGGAAAUCAAUCUCCCGCAGGAACGCCAAGACCCAGAGCCACACUUCAAAUGUAUCCGGUUUUGCCCUUGGAGCGAUCUGUAUUUGACAAGGUUGCCGAGUACUUUAUCGGAGAUGGGCCGAGCUAUCGUUACGCGUUGAUUUGCAAGAAUUGCCAUGGACAUAACGGCAUGGCACUGAAGGAUGAAUUCGAAUUUGUUGCGUUCAAUUGCUGCUACUGUGGAGCACCAAACCCAGCUAGAAAAGCUCGGCCAAAUGCACCAGCACUGGAAGACUCUAAAUUGUCAGACCAGGGGACUGAACAAGACAAGAAGACAGAGAAGGAAGGUAAAAGCGACGAAAGUGACCUUGAGAGUUCAAAGGAAGUCGAAUCAAAACCUGGACCUGAUGAAACUGAUGACGACAUCAAGGAACGCUGUUCUUCGGACGACGGAGCUGCGGAUGGUAUUGUAAAAGAAAAUAAAGAUAUAAGCGAAGAAGAUGAAUAAAAUUGAUUCCGAUGACUAAUAUAAGAGGGGGGUGAAUUAAUAGUUCUCAAUGAAUAUCUGACGAAGGCAUUGAAUGAUUACUAAUUUAAUCAAGGCCGUUCGUCAGGAUUUGAGAUAUGCGCAUUAGAUGCUCAGUAUUUUUUGUUAUGAGGUCAGUGUUCAACAGGUAAUGUUUGCAUCCUAUACCUGCGUUGUACAGUGACACACGUGUUUCAGUUGAUCUAACAGUUAUAUUCAAUCGAAAACAAUAGACAAUACAGCUAACUGGGCAUUACAUGUCUCAACCCAAAACUCGAAACACUUCCAAAUAGCUGAUAAUUUUCCCAGUUUCAAAAGUGUAUAUAUCGCCGUUUCUACCUUCCGGGGGACUUUGAUAUGGGACAAUUAGUUGGGUACUCAAUGACAAAGGUGUCGGGGCAGUUGAAUCGCAGGUUAAGGCUUAAGAAAGAGACUAGUUUCCCACAUCAUUUUGGACUUUGUCUUAAAAGUGUUUGAUCAUUUAGCAUUAGCGUACCGGAGGCAAAGAGUUUUCCAGCAACCAUGUCAUUUUUCUGCAGAAAGUUGCCAAGGCAAUGAUGACAUCGAAGUAAUGAUUAGCUUUCUGUUGACAUUGCAUUUUGGGGUUAUCAGUAAAGUAUGAUCGAUGUUAUUUAUAAAUAACAGGAUUUUGCAAUACAGAAGGUGAAUUUUUUAUCAGCUCUGUGCUGGGCCUUGAUCCAAACGAAGCUUUCAUCAAUAACGUUUUUUGCUCCAUGCCCCACACUUGACUUCACAGUUUCAUUAUUAUUCUUGUCGUUGUUGUUGUUGUUGUUGUCAUGCAAACACUUCUUGUACCAUUCAUAAUGCCUUCACAGACUUGCAUAAUAUCGUAAAUAUGAAGAUAAACUCUGUGAUCGUAGCUUAAUCAAACAUCGUUUUUCUUGGAACACUGCGUUGAAUAUUUGUCUGCUUCACAAGCAUUUAGCUCUUCCGUUUCUCGAAGCAUAUAAUAUCAAAGAAAUAUGUCUUGUGUAUAAAAUAA